UCUUCUUACUACUAUGGAAAAAAUGAAUACAGAAAAUAGACAAGAAAAGUUAGACUCGACUACAACUAAAGCAGCAACCAGCAGCAUUCCCGACUGGGAUCAUGAUGUCCAAGUCAUUCCUCGUCUUCAAGUAGUUGAUGAGCACCAAAAGUUCACAAAUGAUCUCCCGGAAUAUAUGAAGAAAUGGGGUUUAGCCGAGGCAGGGUUUAAGUAUGAUGUGGUCGCAGUAUUUGGGUCCCAGAGUACCGGAAAAAGUACUUUAUUAAACAGAUUAUUUGGUACAUCGUUUGCUGAAAUGGAUGAAAAUCAACGAAAGCAAACGACAAAGGGUAUCUGGCUUUCACGUGGACGAGGUAUGCAUGUACUAGUCAUGGAUGUGGAAGGAACAGAUGGUCGUGAGCGUGGUGAGGAUCAGGAUUUUGAGCGUAAAUCAGCCUUGUUUUCGAUGGCAACCAGUGAGGUGAUCAUUAUUAACUUGUGGGAACAUCAAGUGGGUCUAUAUCAAGGCGCCAACAUGGGUUUAUUAAAGACUGUAUUCGAAGUGAAUUUACAAUUAUUUCAAAACCAAAAAAGCAAAGAAAAAACUCUAUUAUUGAUCGUCAUCCGAGAUUUUGUCGGUUCCACUCCGUUGGAAAAUUUAGCAAAGACACUAAAGGCGGAUCUUGAAAAAAUAUGGGCAAGUUUGGCAAAGCCUGAAGGUCUCGAAGAUUGCAAAAUUACGGAUUAUUUUGAUUUCAUGUUUACUGGUUUACCACACAAGAUUUUAUUACCUGACAAAUUUGAUGAGGAAGUAGCUAAACUUCGGUUAAGAUUCAAUGAUCCUCAAGACCCUAAUUUCGUAUUUCGACCUGAAUAUCACAAACGAAUUCCCGCUGAUGGUUAUCACAUGUAUGCUUCUAGUAUUUGGGAUAAGGUUUUAACGAACAAAGAUUUGGAUUUACCAACACAACAAGAACUGUUGGCUCAGUACCGAUGCGAUGAAAUAUCAAAUGCCGCCUUUGAAGUGUUUAAAGAAAGAAUAGCUCCAUAUAAAUCAACUAUUCUUGAAAAACACCAAAUUAUUCCCGAAUUGGGUGAAAAGAUGAAAGAAAUAAGACAAGAGGCCGUGCAAUCGUUUGAUAAAAGUGCAUCUCGCUAUAACCAAACUGUUUAUCAAAAGAAACGUAUCGACAUGCUUGCAAAACUAAAUACUCAAUUGGGUGUUUAUUUCGUUGGUCAGUUAAAUAACUUGCACAAGAAAGCAGUGAUCCUAUUCGAAGAAACCCUCCAGAAAGGAUUAAGAACACCAGGAUAUAAUUUUGCUAAUGUUGUUUCUGCUUGUUUGGAUGAAGCAAACACAUUCUUUCUAAAUGGUGCCAAAGCCGUGUUGUUACCUGAAACCGAUUGGUCAUAUGCUCAUGAACAAGAACUGUUGGCGCAAGACUUCGAUGAGAUCUCGUCCAAGGCUCGCACAACAGAAUUUAAAAAAAUGAACAAGGCACUCGAGAAACAAAUCGAACUUGAACUUGCUGAUCCUGUAGCACUUGAACUAAAUCGACCAGAAGAGCAUAUGUGGCACAAGAUAAUUGACAUCUAUAACAACACUGUAGCUGAUGGUGAAAAGCUUUUAGCCAAAAAUGCAAAAAGUUUUGACUCUUCAAAGCAGGAAAUUGAAAAGUCUGUGACCGAUCUCAAGAGACAAACGUGGAUUGUUCUUCGUAAAAAAGUAGAUGAAGAAUUAGCGGAUAAUUUAUUGUUGUUAAAAUUACGAAAUAAAUUCGAAGAAGAGUUCCGUUACGACGAAACGGGAAUUCCUAGAGUUUGGAGCCCCCAAGAUGAUAUUGACUCACAUUUCAAAAAGGCUAGAGAUGAGACGUUAGCGUUGAUCAAAAUAUUCUCAAAAGUUAACCUUAGUCAAGAUCCAGAAUUUAAUGUAGAAUCAAAUGAUGACUUCGACUUCCAGCGAUCACUUGUUAUUUUAAGCGAGGCAAAACAAAUUGACAUCACAAACAGAUUUAAGCGUGAAUCCGAUGCUUUUUAUCUGGAGGCAAAGAGAUCAAUCGUUUCUACCACAGAUAAAAUACCUCCUUGGGUAAUUGUCAUGAUGAUAGUGUUAGGUUGGAACGAAUUUAUGGCAAUCCUUAGAAGCCCCACAUAUAUUAUUUUAGCUAUCUUAUGUGGAAGCAUCCUGUACAUCAUUUACUCCCUUAACCUUUGGGGUCCCGCAGAAAGAAUAGUGUCAACAGUGACAAAUGAAGCCACAAGAAUGAUUAAGGACAAGUUAAUGGAGGCAGCCAGCACAACUGAUCAAGGGAGACAACAAUACGAAAUGAGAAAUAUUAGAGAACACCAUGAUUAGUAAUAAUAAAUAUCUAUAAAUAAAAUAAUCCCAAUCAACUAUAAGUGUUUGGACUGGUUUUCUUUUUUUUUAAAAAAGUUUUUUUUCGUUUUCAUUUUAAAUAAAAAAAUAAAUUGGUGGUGAUAUGGUUUUGCCGACAGUAAUGGAUACAUAGUAUCUACCUUAGGCGUAGGAAUAUAUCAUCCAGAAAGUUUGAAAGCCAGAGUAUCUUCACCGAGUUUGUACCGAAGUACGCACUCAAGGAUCCAAUAACAUCCGACCCAUGCACAAACAAUCACUUAUUCAAGCUUGAGUUACUUCAGGAUAUACACAGAUAAAGGAUGAAACGAUUCUCCCAGAAGAUACUAAUACCCAAAGGUACUUUCUCCUCAAAACGAACCAUUUCCUAUGCCCUAUAGUAGUAACGUUUAUUUUUCAGAAA